AUGAGUGUUCUGGCAGAUGCAGGGAUAGAGUUCUCCGAGGAGAAGCCGGAGGAUGGGGUUCAGCAUUUGUCGGUGCUGCGAUCCCGGGACAUGGACGGCAAGCGGAUCUACCUGGACGUCUCCGUUCACUAUCGCUUGUCCAAGGACAAGGUGGCCAGCAUCUACCGAGAUAUGCUCACCUUCUACGAAGACAUCUACAUCUCCGAGCUUCGGGAUUCCCUGUCGAAGGCCUGCAACCUCUUCGCGAUUGCCAAUGCCUGGGAGAACUAUACCCAGGUGGUAGACAUCAUGCAGAGCGCCUGCGAGACCUCUCUGAGCGUCUACCACGGGACCUGCUGGGGCUUGCAGCUUUGGGGCAUUCGCUUGGAGUCCAAGUACGAGAGCGCGCUGAUCCGGACGCAGGUCAGGAAGCAAGCGCAGCGCACAGAGCAGAACCGAAAGUUGCACACCGUGGUGCGGGCGCAGACGGAAGUCAUGCUGGCGGAGUAUCGGAAGAACAAGACCAUCAUCGAAGCUCAGGGUGAAGCGGACCGCUACCUCAUCGAGCAGGAAGCCAUGGCCACCGCAGAGAAGAAUUGGAUCGAUGCGCAGGCGAACGCCCUGGAGGUGGUCCGGAACACCGUGCAGCUGAAGAACGUGGAGAUGAACGAUGAGCAGCUGAUCCGGUACCAAAAGAUCGUGAUGCUCAGCAACAAGUCCGCGACCAACUUCAUCAUGAAAGGCACCUCCGACUUGGAUGUGGGCAAAGCCCGCGAGAUCAAGCAGAUGGCACAGGGCAGCCUCUCCGGCAGCGAUGCGCUUCAGAUCGGCUGGGAGGGCAUGGAGAGCAGCUCGUGA